CGCUGAGUACGCGGGGCGCGCAGCCCGGGGCGCGCCGCUCAUUCGCACGCUGCGCCCGCGACGAGAGGCCGCGCGUCAAACUUCCGCCGGAAUAUAUUUUGUCUAUCGAAAUCUACCCUCAAUAUUUCGUAAAUAUUAGUAAAGAAAUAAAUAAAAAUAAACAUAACAAUUAAUUUUGUAAAUAAUUAAAGUCGUGAACACGCCGGCACCGAGUGACAGUUAUCUUUAGUGUCUUAAUUAAUUAUAAUAAAUGUACCAAUAAAUAAAUAUCCUGCAUAGUAAGUGGAUGAUAUCGCCCAGUGUCGGGCCGCGGUCGAUGGAACAGCUGUGCACGCCGCAGCCAGACAUGAGUUCCUCGGAGAUCGAGUUGUCGUUGGAGCGGCAGAUACCUGCCUUGAUUAACAAGACGCAGAUGAGCGGAGAUCGCGCGGGGUCGCAGUGCGGGCUGUCGUCGCUGCUGCCGAUGUCGUGCCGCGGGCGCGCGGCCGCGUUCGCGCGCGACCUACACUCGCGCCUGCGCAACCUCGGCGCUGCACAGGACGAGGACUGCGAGAGCAGCUGGCUGGCGCGCGACAACGGCACAGCCUCCCCACACCACGCAGCCGGCUCCUCCGCGCGCGAACACGACACCUUCUACGACUUUGAGCUCGAAUGCGAAAGCCCCUCCAGCCCCGUCGAUGAAUUCGACGCCCCAUUUGCAGAACGUUCCCCCACUGACGAUUCGGAUCCCCCUUUUUACGAUGUCGAAUCAGAUUCAGAAGUCAAAGAACAAGCGAAACAAAUGCUUCAGCAGCAGGCCGAAAAGAAGAAAAACGGAUUCAGAUUCUCGACGGCAUUUUAUACGGACAGUUCACCAGUGAAGCUACAACCGGCGCCUCGAGAAAACGGCCAUGUCGAUAAACGACUUUUUUCUCCUAUCACAUUCGAGGGAUGCGCUCGACAAAAUAGUCAAGAUGAAAUCGAUUGUACAAUAAGGCCGUCACCUGUUACGGACACCGAUCGCCUUAGUUUGCCUCUUAAUCUAAGUUCUACUAUAGACAGUGAUUCAGAAUUCGAAUCGGCCAAAAGUGAACCGUCCGAUGAAGUGCUUACCGAUGAAAAACGACUAGAAGAUGUUGCCGAAGAAGUAGAAAGCUUGUCACUCAGGGAAAUUCCGUCACUAUCAGAAAUCUCAAACGAAGAAGACGGACUUAGGCAAACGACUGAAAAUUUAACCAUAGAAACAGAAAUUAACGAACAGAAAAACGCUUCUCUAGAAAUAAUAACCAGUGAAGUUGCUGCUGAUAAAGAAGUAUCACCUGUGCCAGAAAUCGAACCUUCCCUCUUAUCCGUGGAAACAAAUGUCGAUGACCACGACGAGGACGAUGACAGGCCCCAGAGGGUACGUCGCUGCUCGUCAUUAAAAACUGGGAAAACCCCACCGGGCACUCCGGGACGCAAGAAAAUAGUCCGUUUCGCGGAUGUUCUUGGCCUAGACUUAGCGGAUGUCAAAACUUUCAUGGAUGAAAUUCCUGUGAUUCCAAAGUCCGCGUACGACGACCUAUCGGGAUGUGAUGUUCAAAAUUCUCCGCCAGCACGACCGCCACAGCGGUUUGGCACCUUGACGCUGGUGCCAUUGUUCCAGCUGCCUCGUGACGUCACCGACAAACUCGAGACGCAGAACGUGUGCAUGGAGAGCGCCCGCGUUUGCGAUGGCGUACACGUGUCCGUCUGCGGCUCCGUGCGGGUACGAAACCUGGACUUCCAUAAGACUGUUCACAUUCGCUACACGAUGAAUCGUUGGAAAACAUACACGGAUUUACAAGCCACAUACGUGCAGGGUUCUUGUGAUGGUUACUCGGACCGGUUCCAGUUCGUGUUGUACGCGCCGUGCAUAUCGUCCGGGCAGCGGCUGGAGGUUGCAGUGCGGUUCCAAUGUAAAGGCCAGCAGUUCUGGGACAACAAUAGCGGCGCGAAUUACUGCUUCGACUGCCUGGCGCUGGGCGCGGGUGCGGGCGGCGGCUCUGGUGGAGCAGCGGGCGGCCCGCUGCACCCCACGGUGGACUGGCACCCGUCCUUCUACUGACGCGGCGCGUGCGCCGGUGAGCGCCGGCUGGCUCCGCAGCGGCAUCCCCGCGGGCCGGGGGAGGGCGCCCGCUGCUAGUCACAUUCCUGUGCCUGCUCCAGCUGUCAUCAUCGGCUCCUGGGCGAAACUAAGCACGGCGCCCCAAAUUGUUGAGGCUUAAUUUUGUAAAGCGUUUUUGUGAUAUAAAGUAGAAUAGUCGUAGAUAAUAAAUGAAUCAACGAGUGAGCGACUCGUACAGAGUGCCAUUUCAACGACACGUUUCGAGUUAGUGUAUAUUUUUUCGAAUUUCGUUUCGUAAUAUUAUUUGUAGCGUAUCGUCCCGGUGGACAAUAAAACGUAACGUGAGCGGAAUGGAUGG